UCCUUCUCCAAACAUGGCGCCGGUCCGCGGCUGUGCUGCCUCCCCGACAGACGACGCAGAGAGGGAGAGGAAGAGGAGAAGAAGAAGCGGGUAGAAACUCGCCCCGAACGUGUUUUAAAACUCCUUUAAAACUAACUCGACCUCAGGGCUCUUUACGGCGUCCAGCGGAGACUUUACGCGCGGCUUUUGGAGACGUUUACGCGUCAAGCUGUGCGCGUAACGGAGAGCCCACCUGUCCGACGAAGGUAGAUUUCACUCCGUUCUCUCUAGGAUGUGAAUCUCCCUGAUUUAUGUGAGAUAACGGAGCAGACAGUCGGAUAACUCGGGGUCAGAUCUGGCUCUGGUAGAAACAUGUGCAGCCCUCUGAGGAGCAGCAGCACAGACGCCGCAGAGGAGUGAGUCUUUCCAGGGAAAAAAACAACUUUUCCACUCGUCCACACCGAGAGGAUGGAUGGAGAACAUUCUGCGCUGUCAGGAGUUGAGAGGGAAAGAGAGAAGCUUCCACCUAUUUACAACAGCUCCCCUCCUGCUGGUUUGGGUCGAGGAGUCAAGCAGCCUUUUCCGUCUUUGGGCACCUUCAUCUCCACGCUGAGCCAGAGGAGGGACGCUGGGGGGCGGGGCUUCGCUGGCGGCAUCACCGGCACCCUGACCAGCAUCCGACACGGGAGAGAGCUACCUCCAAUCUGCAGAAAUGUCCGUCAGAAGCAGCGACUGUCCAUCGACACUUUGCCUCCGGAGGUCAAAGCUCCGUUUCCCUCCGACCCCGUCAUCCCUCUGAGGACCAAAACCACCAAGGAGUUCCAGGACGACGUGGAGCGUGCCGUCCAAUCAGGCGACUGGAGGGAGGUCCGGGAGUUUUACCUGACCACCUUCGACUCCUUCAUAGAAAUCAACGCUGCCUUCAAGCGAGAGGCGAACGGUUUGUUUAAUACGAUAGAGGACUCAGGAGUCAACGCCAAGUUUGUCAACGCUGUCUACGAUGCUCUGCUCAGCACACCUCAGGACAUCCAGAAGUCGGUGUUGAAAGGGAUCAUCAACAGCCUGCUGAGGGAGUGGAAGGGGCCUCGGACAAAAGAUGACCUGCGAGCUUAUUUCAUUCUUGUUCAGAACCCGCAGUACUCCAGCACCAGCACCUAUGUGAUCUACGCUCACCUGCUGAGGCAGAUCGCAGCUCUAUCUGAGGCCGACCACCACUUCCUGGUUCACUGGCUCAAGAAGCUGUCGGCGAGGCGGUUCAGGCAGCUGGUAGAGCGCCUCCUGCAGUUCAUCUCCACCCGGCUGUUUCCUGCAGAACCGGACGAACUUCCUCCUCUGACCAAAUGCUCCUGGUGGAUCCCCUCUGCAACCAAAGUGCUCAGCCUGUUCAAUGCAGCCAACAGUGUCUCCUCCCCUCCCAUCAUGCCUUUCACCGACUUCUACAACAUCACUCUGGAGCACAUAGAUUUCAUGGAGGAGUACAGGACUUGGCAGAACUACGGCAACUCAAACAGGUUUUCUUUCUGCCAGUUUCCCUUCAUCCUGUCGACGGCGGUGAAGAAAUCCAUCAUCCAGAAAGACUCGGAGCAGCAGAUGAUCAGUCAGGCCAGGCAAAGUCUGGUCAGUAAAGUUUCUCGCAGGCAGAGAGUCGACAUGAACCUUCUGUUCCUCAACAUUAAAGUACGACGAGCACAACUCCUCAGCGACUCACUGGAUGAGCUGACGAGGAAGCGGUGCGACCUGAAGAAGAAGCUGCGGGUGACUUUUGUCGGGGAGGCCGGUCUGGACAUGGGCGGCCUGACCAAGGAGUGGUUCCUGCUGCUGGUGCGACAGAUCUUCCACACAGACUACGGAAUGUUCACCUACAUGAAGGACUCGCGCUGCCAUUGGUUCAGCAGUUGGAAGUGUGACAACUAUUCUGAGUUCCAGUUGGUUGGGACUCUGAUGGGCUUAGCAGUUUACAACAGCAUCGCUCUGGACAUCCACUUCCCGCUCUACUGUUACAGGAAGCUCCUCACUCCACCUAUGGCACCAUGUGACCAAAAUGCCCUUGUUGGCAUGGCAACUGCCACCCUGGAUGACCUGCAGCAGAUCAUGCCGGAGCUGGCUCAUGGUUUCGGAGAGCUGCUGAGCUACGAGGGGAACGUGGAGGAGGACUUCUACCUCACCUUCCAGGUGUUUCAGGAGGAGAUGGGCGUGGUCAGAUCGUACAACCUGAAGCCUGGAGGAGACAAGAUCCCCGUCACCAAGCAGAACAGGAAAGAGUACGUCCAGCUCUACAUCGACUUCUUGCUGAAUAAAUCCAUUUACAAGCAGUUUGCUGCUUUCUACCACGGCUUCCACAGUGUGUGUGCCUCUGAUGCUCUCAUGCUGCUGCGACCCGAGGAGGUGGAGAUGUUGGUUUGCGGGAGUCCAGAGCUCGACAUGAGCGCUCUGCAGAAAGCUGCUCAGUACGAAGGAUACAGCAAAUCAGACAGCACCGUACGGUGUUUCUGGGACGUGGUGUUGGCGUUUCCUCUGGAGCUGCAGAAGAAGCUCCUCCACUUCGCCACAGGAAGCGACCGGGUUCCCGUCGGAGGAAUGGCUGACCUCAACUUCAAAAUCUCCAAGAUCGAAGUUCCAACUGACUGGUUGCCGAUCUCUCACACCUGCUUCAACCAGAUCUGUUUGCCUCCGUAUCGAACCAGGAAGGAGCUGAAACACAAGCUGACCAUCGCCAUCUCCAACGCCGAGGGCUUCGGCCUGGAGUGACCCGUCUGCUCACACACUGACUGUUAGUGACGCUAGCUACGUGUAUGCUAACACGCUUUACGGAUAUUGAGGAAAUGAGUUCCUGCUUUUCCAAUCUGCAGCAGAAAAAUCAGGAGCUACGACAGAAUCUCUAGGAAUCCUUUUGUUUGCACAUGAACUGGUGUUAAUGAAGAAGUUCUCGUGUUUAGAAGUACUGUGCAAAGGUUUCAAGCACUUUAGAUGUUUCGAUUCUUCUCCAUUGCAAUGAGGAAGGUUUGACCCAAAUUAUAUUGUGCCUCAUGAAACAAAGCUUAAAUAUUUAGGCAGAAUCCUGAAGACCCUCAGUAGAAGAGCAGGGAGUCCUGAUCUUAGCCUGAUGGAGUCAGUCUGAUUUCUGGAGAACUGUGCUACAAAAACACAUGCAGCAAUCUUUCCUAAAGCCUUCUCACUUUGCUUUUAGUGCAUAAAACUUUUGCACAGUACUGUAGACGUCAUCGAAACAAGAUAACUCUGAAAAUAUCCUGGUUUCAUCAAUCAAAAUAUUUCUGUUCUCGUACAGUUAAAAACCAAUCAUGUGGGUUCUUUAAGUCGCCAUGAAAGGUUACUGGUUUGCUCAGGUAAUUAUGAUAAUCAAUAUUCCUCUUGUUGGAACACAUGACCAGGUGUUUACCCAUUUACUUCUUCUAUGAUCCUGUUUGUCCACAGAGUUGAACAGAAAGGAUUUAGUGAUCGUUACAUCCUUCAGAAUUCAGUCUGUGUGAAACUUAAGUAGAAAGUGAAGGUAAAUGUCGGUGAAAGCUAAAGUUCUAAAUGGUACGCAAGUUUUGAGAUGUAUGACAUUGAUAGUUCCGUUUUUUCAAUCCUGACUUCAGUCACUUUUUGAACAUAUUUUAUCGACGAAAUGUGUUUUGUUUUGCUUUGUUUGCAGCACACUGUCAGGAUAUGAAGCUUUGCUGGGAGAACGAUGCUCUUGUGUACCGUGAGAUGUAGAUUGUUUUGUGAAUAGUUGUGCGUUUUUGUUUUUUUGUUUUGUUUUUUUUUGACAUUGCCGCCUGUUUUUUAUCGAACGAAGGCUGCAGCAGAAAUGUUUUGUUUUAAACGUUGUGAUGUUGUGACAGUCAAACCAGAGCUGUGUCUCGGCGGUUCAGUGUUGAUUUUGGUUCUAGAGGUCGAUGUUAGCGGUUAUCCAAACGAAAGGUGACGCAGGAUGUUUUGAUGUUAAAUAGUCAGAGUGGUUAGUUGAGUAUUGAAAUGUUUGAAAAUUGUGCCUUGAAUACAGAUUACAUCUUUUUUUUAACCUGGAGGCAACUUGAGUUAAACACCGACGUCUGGCCUGCAAACGCUCCAAUUUUCUCGUUGGACCAAUCUGCAAACCCAAAAUUUCUUCCUCAUUUAGCAACUAAAAUUCUGCUUUGAUGCCCUGGUGGUUAGAAGUCAUAAUAAAACUAUUUUUUUUAAGUGCUUAUUUAAAAUCCAUCUCCUGGCAUUGAUUAAAGCCUAGUCUGAUUCACUGAAUAUAGACUUCAGGUGUAAAUCGAAAUCACAUUCGCUAAAGAAAUCUCUGAGCACCAGUCUACAUGCUCAAAAUUGCAAGUUUUAAAGAUUUGGAUCAUGCAAUAAUGCGGAUCUGCUUGGCUGUUUUGAUGAUAGCGCUCAUCCAGAAAAAAUUACCGCCCCCCAGCACUGUUUUGCAGGGGCACCAUCACUGCAUCCUGGGCUGAGCGCUGCUUAGACCAGUUAGAAUUGGUUUUAAGAAGCAUUCUCCCCCCACCCCCUUCAGCAGAAUCAUAAUGAGGUGCCAGCAGACCAUUCUCCAGUGCUGAACCAGUAAGAAAAUACACUACCGUUCAAAAGUUUGGGGUCACCCAGACGAUUUCAUGUUUUCCAUGAAAACUCACACUUUUAUCCAUGUGCUAACAUAACUGCACAAGGGUUUUCUAAUCAUCAGUUAGCCUUUCAAGACCAUUAGCUAACACAAUGUAGCAUUAGAACACAGGAGUGAUGGUUGCUGGAAAUGUUCCUCUGUAUCCCUAUGGAGAUAUUCCAUUAAACAUCAGCUGUUUCCAGCUAGAAUAGUCAUUUACCACAUUAACAAUGUCUAGACUGGAUUUAUGAUUCAUUUUAUGUUAUCUUCACUGAAAAAAAACUGCUUUUCUUUCAAAAACAAGGACAUUUCUAAGUGACAGUAGUGUAUAUCUUGAACUUCUAAAAACUCAUCUCUGUUCAUUGAAAUUACAUAUGCUUAAGACUUUUUUCCAUGAAAAUAAUGCCUUAAAAUGCCUGAGAAAUUGCUUUACACCUUUGUAAACUACACCUGCAGAGCACCAGCUCACCUUCAACUGUCCUUAAACACUGUAAAACUAUCAACACAAUUACAAAUUGUAACAUUGGAGUAAGUGGGCCCUUCGUGGUUAAAACAGAAACUGAUUUGGGUUUCUGUCUUUACAGAUUUAAAACAAGAAAAGCACUCAGACACCGUAGUACUCCACCAAGGCUGCUCAGUCAUCAUAUGAUUUCCAGUGGAUGAAAUCUUUAAAACAUUCAUGGUUUAAAGAUUUCAACCGCAGCGGUGGAUUUGUAGUAGGAUCACAAUCAUGUGAUCGUCAGCAGGCAGCUGAUGUAGUGCUCACUUGUUGUCAUGGUUACAGUGACGCCGUGCCACUAUCUCGCAAUGAUGCAGAAAUAUUUAACAAAUCUGUGGAUCCAGACUAUAAGCUGCAUCACUGUUAAAAUCUAAUCACUUGGUCCUUGUGUCAUUUCUGAACUUCCCUGAAAAUUUCAUCCAAAUCCAUUUGUCCGGUUUUGAGUAAUGUUGCUGACAGACAGACAGACAGACAGACAGACAGACAGACAAACAUACGCCGAUCGUCACAUAACUCCACCGUGUUGUUUGGCAGAGUAAAAAGGGGGAAACAGCUUUGAUAAUUUUAUGAAAUGUUACAUCUGACCACUAGUGACAUCAAAGCAGAACCCUAAACAGUGGGUGCUCUCUUAAGAUGUAGUUAAUUUGGGUUUUUAUGAGCAGAAAUUGGAGAUUCCAGCUUUUACUAAUUGCAUUUUCAUGGGUUUAAGUGUCCAUGUUAUUCAGAUAAAUCUACCGUAACCAGUUUUCCAUUCAAUUGCUGAACUGAUUUUGGAAGUUUGUUUAGCUUAACUGUCAGGGAAGAAGUGAAAACCAAUUUUUUUAGGUUUCCAGAAGGUUUAGAAGGCGAUUACAAAGCAUCAGUGGGCUAUUAUUUUAAAAAAUCUGGUUGCACCCAAACUUAUCGCCUCUGUCGUAACUCUCUGUAACUGUUUUGGCCGGUCCAGAUCUGAGCACUGCUGAUUAAACCCUCGGCUUAUGUAAGGCUGCUUUGGCAGAAUGUCUGAAAUCCUAAUGACAGACCCAGGUAACCAAGCAACCGUCUAGCAACUUGAAUGGAUGCGCCGUCCAAACUUGGAUCGGUGUAAUCUGGGUCACUCAUUCACUUGGUCUCGGCUAUAUGGUCUGAAAUAACCCCACUUACACAACAAAGGAGCCUUUCUGUCACUUUACGACCAGUUGGGAGCAGCAGCCGGAGCCAGAAGCUUCUUCUGUUUGACCAAGGCCACAUUCACAUCACGUCGGUGUUACCGUAGGAAACCGAGCUGCUGACUGGGAGAAAAAUGUCAGAAAAUCCAAAAUAAAAGGACGUAUUUUACAUGUGAUGGAGUAGAAACAAGAAACAUGUUUGGGUGAUUAUUAUUAGGAUUAUGUAAUGUCAGGAAAGUGUUUUUCUUAUGUGAAUAGGACCAAACUGUGUCAGGUUAUACAGUGGGACGGUCGAGCAAAGACCUUCUGUUUGAAAAUAGUUCAAACGGACUCAGAGGAUUCGUUGAGAUGUAAUUAUUUUCAGAGGUUUGGACUAACUGAAAAGUCAUGGAUUUCUCAUGUUUUUUUAAGGUUUAGCAGUUUCAGGUUCAUCAGUGUCUGUUAGAUGUCAUGUAGCUGGGUGACUUGACCAUGAAUGACCCACUUUUCAAGCCUGUCCGAGUCUUAUAUAAUGUGCUGUGUGCCGCAGUGAUUCCACAAGUAUUUACAGUAAACAUUGAUGAGGGGUCAUUCCCCUCCGGAGAAAUA